UCAACGGUGAACAGAAGAACAAUCCAAAUUCAAGUACAAAAUCACUCCCAACAAAAUCAAAUCAUCUGGAGCGGCAAAUUCCUUGUUCUGUAGCUUCAAGGAUCCAUUCAGCGCCAUCCUCCACAUUCAAUCCCCUCGCUCUCACACAGUCUGUAGAACAACACCAUGCCUCGCACCGGCUUCGUCGGUUCCUUAUCCACGCCCAAGGUCGACGUCGUCAUCGACAUGGGCAACCCCUUCCUCAACCUCACCGUGGAUGGCUUCUUGAAGAUCGGAUCCGUCGCGGCUACCCGAGCGGCUGCCGAGGAUGCGUAUCAUGUCGUUAGAAAAGGAACGAUUUCUAGUCACAAUUUUGAAAACACGUUGAAGAAAAUGUGUAAAGAAGGUGCAUACUGGGGAACCGUGGCCGGAGUUUACGUCGGUAUGGAGUAUGGGGUAGAAAGGAUUCGCGGCAGAAGAGAUUGGAAAAAUGCAAUGAUUGGAGGUGCUUUGACGGGGGCUAUGGUAUCGGCAGCGAGCAACAGCAACCGGGACAAAAUCGUUAUCGAUGCAAUUACAGGAGGGGCUGUUGCGACUGCAGCAGAGUUCAUAAACUACCUUACUUAAGCGCCGAGGUUUCCAACCACUUUCAUGUCUCUUGAGAAGAAGGUAUGGUGAUUGAAGACGAUGGAAUCAUGUUCAGUCUAUUCAAACCUUUUCAGUUUUUUGCAGAAUAACUAGUCUCUCGUAGAGUUGCAGCCUUAAAACAUGGAAGAAAAAAGAGAAGAUAGUGAUAGAAAUAUCUUCUUUCUUCAUCAAUCAGAGCCACAUGUGUUGUUGAGGCUGUAAUCGUAGCUUUAGUUUAAUGUCUUACGGAACAAAUUUAUUGCAAAGUGACGUUUCCUAUGA